AUUUCCGAAUUCCAAAAUCGCAGUUGUUUUGAACGCGGCAUUAGUCCUGUCUAGGGGCUGGGUUUCUGUAUUUUAUCUAAAGAACAAAUCCGUUGUAAGCGAACAUGGAGAGAUAAAGGCAUUGAAAAGAAACAGAAGAAGUAUGUCUAUGUUACCAUAAACUUUUAAAAUGGCCAUACGGGAACUAAAAGUGUGUCUUCUUGGGGAUACAGGAGUGGGCAAGUCUAGUAUUGUAUGUCGUUUUGUGCAAGACCAUUUCGACCACAACAUCAGUCCGACGAUAGGGGCAUCAUUUCUAACCAAGACGGUGCCGUGUGGAAAUGAACUACACAAGUUCCUCAUCUGGGACACGGCGGGACAGGAAAGGUUCCACUCGCUAGCUCCCAUGUACUACAGAGGGUCUGCCGCUGCUGUCAUAGUCUAUGACAUCACCAAACUGGACUCUUUCCAGACACUGAAGAAAUGGGUGAAGGAGCUGAAGGAACAUGGUCCUGAGGACAUCGUUGUAGCCAUCGCAGGGAACAAGAACGACUUGGGGGACAUCAGGGAAGUUCCUAUGAAGGAAGCUAAGGACUUUGCUGAGUCCAUUGCGGCCAUCUUCAUGGAGACCAGCGCCAGAAACGCUGUCAACGUGGAGGAGCUCUUUCAGAAGAUCAGUAAACAGAUUCCGCCCCUGGAGAAUCCAGAUUUAGACAGCAACGAGUCCUUCAAGAUAACCCGGCAGCCCCCUCCGUCUAACAAACGCUGCUGCUAGUAAGACCACUUCUGAGUCCCAAAUAGACCCCUAGCACCCUACCCCACUAGCACCCUACCCCCCUAGGCAUUUCUGUAGAUCUGAAGGGGGACUGGUGUAGUAAAUUCUACCUAUCUUAUCUAAGGGCAAGGUGGAGGUAUUAUCAUGUUACCACAUUGCUUACACCAAUCCUAUACUUUCAGAUCGUGUAUGAAGUUGCUAGGCCCUGGGGUUAGGGGGGCAAGGGGUCGGUUUGGAAUUCAGCAUCCGAUUGCCAGUGAGAUUAUCGCUCUCUUUGGUUUCCACACAUUACACAGUUCCAUGGAUCAAGUCCACACAUCCUCUUGACACACGGUCCACAAUGCAUAGCUCUGCUCCUGAUUGUCCCUUCGACAGUCCACAAUGCAUACCUUGCAUAUACAUUGGUCUCAGCGAAAGAGAGGAGGACAACAAGGCUUUGGCUUGUGAUAGAUCAGAACCUCUCCCCUAUAGCUUGGUAAACAGUGUCCAGGCCCAGAACCGUAAACAGUGUCCAGGUCCAGAACCUCUCCCCUAUAGCGUAGUGUCCAGUGUCCAGGUCCAGAACCUCUCUCCUAUAGCGUAGUAAACAGUGUCCAGGUCCAGAACCUCUCCCCUAUAGCGUAGUAAACUGUGUCCAGGCCCAGAACCUCUCCCCUAUAGCGUAGUAAACAGUGUCCAGGUCCAGAACCUCUCCCCUAUAGCGUAGUACACAGUGUCCAGGUCCAGAACCUCUCCCCUUUAGCGUAGUAAACAGUGUCCAGGUCCAGAACCUCUCCCCUUUAGCGUAGUAAACAGUGUCCAGGUCCAGAACCUCUCCCCUAUAGCGUAGUAAACAGUGUCCAGGUCCAGAAGCUCUCCCCUAUAGCGUAGUGUCCAGUGUCCAGGUCCAGAACCUCUCCCCUAUAGCGUAGUAAACAGUGUCCAGGUCCAGAACCUCUCCCCUAUAGCGUAGUGUCCAGUGUCCAGGUCCAGAACCUCUCUCCUAUAGCGUAGUAAACAGUGUCCAGGCCCAGAACCUCUCCCCUAUAGCGUAGUAAACAGUGUCCAGGUCCAGAACCUCACCCCUAUAGCGUAGUAAACAGUGUCCAGGCCCAGAACCUCUCCCCUAUAGCCCAUAGAAAGCUAGUUGGACAUUUCGUCAUGUUGUACCUAUUCCACCUAUCCAGUCCUCCUCUCAGAUCUACUCCUGUGCCUUGGUAAGGUGUGCUGUAGAGAGGAACCAGUACAGUUUUGUGUGUUAGAGAUCAAAAUACCCUAAUAAAAUGAACCCUGAAGUUACACGGAAUAGUAUGAUACAUAUUGGGAUAUGUUUUCAGUACACAUGCAGCAGCACAGUGAAAAACAAACAUUUCAUCAUUUUUGGAAAAAGAGAAAAAAAAGAAGCAACCCGAUUUUGGAAAUCUAAAUAUGUUACAUCUCAUCUCUAACUCGCUGAACAUGAACAUUGGAUAAAUUGCACAAAUAGGGAAUAAUCUAGUUGAGUUGAAUGAUGUUUAAUAAAAAUGACUUGUGACACAGA